AUGUCACAGCAGCAGCAUCCAUACACAAAUCUCGAGUCAUCGUCUACCGCCGUUAACAACGAAGAGACCCAUAACCCAUGGAGCGAUCAACCAUCACACCCUACUACCUCUGCCAGCAGGGUACAAUCCCGUCAUUCGAUAAUGCAAGAGACCGAAGAUGAAUUGACUGAAGAUGAGCGAAUAGAGUACGAAAAGGGUCUGAUCACAUGGGAGAAAGCUAAGAAUUGGAGGUUCUGGUUAAGGAAAGAAUGGAUUUGGUGGUAUAUCGCUUUCAUAUUGAUUGUCGUGGUGGUGGCUUUGAUGGCUUUCUUUCAUCAUUCUAUCAUCGAUUGGUUAACACCGUUUGUAAGGAAAAUAAGAGAAUUGAAAGCCGGAUUUGUGAUACCUGCAGCGAUCUUGUUCGUAUUAUCCUUCCCGCCCUUGUUCGGUAACGAAAUCGUCAUAGUCCUCGUCGGUCUAGUAUACGGUCUAGGCAAAGGCUUCGCUAUCGUCGUAGUUGGUGUAGGCCUUGGAGAAACAGUCUUGUUUUUACUGUUCAAAAACUGUUGUAGAGCCAGAGCAGAGAGGAUGACGAGGAAAUCGUUGAAUUACGCUUGUUUAUCUGAAUCUAUAAGGGAAGGAGGGUUCUUGAUGGCUUGGGUGGUGAGGUUGAGUGUGAUUCCUACUCACUACACUACUGCUAUACUUGCAAUUUGCGGAUUACCAACUUGGAAAUUCAUCUUGGCUUUGUUACUCUCUACACCUAAACAAUUGAUAAGUGUCUAUGUUGGUGUGGUAUUGGGUCAAACCAACGCAUCUACCAAUUCACACGUUAUAUCAGAUUGCGUUUUCGCUGCAUGCGCUCUGAUCACACUCGGAGCACUCUACUUUAUCUACAAGCGAAUGAUCAAAGUAAGAAAAUCGGUUUUGAUCAGUAUGAGAGAGGAUUUACAUAAGAGGCAUGUAGAGGUUGCCGAACCACCUGAGAAUUGA